AUGGGUGGCCCUCGGGCCGCCGCUGCCUCCACCUCCUCCGCGUCCCCCGGGUCCCGGCGCCGCUCCAGCCGCCUGAUCGACCCACCGCGUCGGGACGAUCAGGAUCAGCCCCCACGCGCGCUGUCUACCGAGCCCGCCUCGACGUCCUCGCAGCCCCGACGCCGCUCCACCCGCCUGAUCGGGCUCCGGCGGCGGGGCGAUCAGGAUCAGCCCCCACGCGCGCUCUCUUCCGAGGCCGCCUCGACGUCCUCGCAGCCCCGAUGCCGCUCCGCCCGCCUGAUCGGGCUCCGGCGGCGGGGCGAACAACCGCCCCCACCCCCGCGCGCGUCCACGCCACCGCUAGUGGUCGAGGGCGAUGCGCCUCCUCCCUCGGCUGCGCCAACCACCCGCCGCUCAGCCCGUGUCCACCUCCGCGUCCGUGGCCUCCCCUCGGAGGCGUCUCCCUCUACUCCCAGGCGGCGGCGGCGCAGAUCACCCACGGCGCCCCGGCCCAAGUCGAUCGAGGCCAAAGCGGAGGAGUGGAGCAAGGAGAAGGCAGCGUCGGGUGUUCCGCAGGAGGAGUGCGUCCUUCCCUUUCUCCAGAAAGGCGCCCCCAGGAAGGAUGCAGGCCCUGCAAAGGACAUAAAGGAAGCCUUCCAGCGAUUACCUCUCCCCUAUGCUAACAAAGAGUUCAAUAUUGACCCUAUUAAUAAACAGGAUUUGGGAAAUGAGAGCGAACCACCUCCAUAUUGUGUCAGAUUUGUUAAUCUAUCUUCAAUGGUUAGCUGCUCUCAGGCUUGUCGUUGCUCAGUUAAGUGCUCCAACAAACCAUUUCGCAGAGAAAAGAGGAUCAAUAUCGUUAAGACAGAGAAAUGCGGAUGGGGUGCUACUGCUCUGGAAACCAUUGAGAAAGAUGAUUUUGUGAUAGAGUUUGUUGGAGAAGUUAUAGAUAAUGCAAUGUGUGAAGAUAGGCUCCAGGACAUGAGACAGCGCAGAGAUCAGAAUUUCUACAUGUGUAAAGUCAGCAAGGACUUUGUAAUUGAUGCAACUUUUAGAGGAAAUGCUUGUCGCUUUUUUAACCACAGCUGCGAACCUAACUGUCGGCUGGAGAAAUGGCAAGUAAAAGGCAAGACAAGAUUAGGUGUGUUUGCUUCACAGACUAUUAAAGUAGGAAUGCCCUUGACUUACAACUACAGAUUCUCCCCUUCUUUUGGUCCAGAGAAAGAAUGUUUCUGCGGGGCUCCAAACUGCAGAGGGAAAUUGUGA